UGCAGCUCCUACAGACGCUCCUCCGCUCGCUGGGUUAAUGCGAUGUGUUCGGAGCUGUCCUCGGUGCUGAAACUACGGGGACCACAAAUUGCCGCAACUUCUGAUCUGCAUCCACCCACAGUGUGCGUCUUUGUGCGCUGUAUGCGACUUUUUAGUGUGCAAAACAAAGCAAACAGCUGGCUCUCUUGGCACCCUGCCACGCAAGCAACCCUCUUUUCACUGCUUACAAAUCCGCGUUUUCCACAUGAAUAAUACACAGCGAGAAAUGACAAACAGCCAGCGUAGUGAAAGAUUUAACAUGUGGGAGUCUGAAAGCAAAAUGGAUUUCAUCUCUUGAACGGGGCCAGCGCGAUUCCCUCCCCUCCGGUCGUGAUGCAGUGAACCUACUCUGCGCAGAACCAGGCUCGCUGUAUAAAAACGGCUGCACUUCCACAGACGGAGCACAGCAAGGGGACACAAGCGCGAAGUCACUGCGGCUCAACAGCCAAAACAAAUCACAACUCAACACAGACGCCAACAUGCAGGCCACAAAGAACGUUAUCAGUUGGAGACUUUUUCUGUUUUACUGCCUGUUUUUGGAGAGUUCCUCUCAAGACUUUGGCGGACAAACGCAGUUCAUUUGCACGUCCGUACCCAAGGAUAUGGACAUAUGCGCAGCCACCUUGCAGAACAGUGUGCCAGGAGAGGACUUGAAGACCACUGUAAUGCAGCUGCGGGAGACGGUUUUGCAGCAGAAAGAGACGAUCAUGAACCAAAAGGAGACAAUCAGAGAACUGACCUCAAAGUUGGCUCGGUGUGAGAGCCAGAGCGGCGCCGAGCCUGGGGACGCGCGGCCCGGGGGCAGGAGGAAAGAAGCUGGGACCAAAAACACAAUGGGGGAUAUAUCAAGGGGCCCCGCUGACACUUUGGCGCAACUAUCACAGACUUUACAGUCGCUGAAGCAGAGACUAGAAAAUCUGGAGGACCUGCUCCAGAGUAAAAUCGACGACUUGGAGAAGCAAGUGUUGUCCCGAGUGAACAGCAUCGAGGAGGUGAAGCCCGGACAACGGAAUGAAACAGAGCAGCGUGGGAGAGUGGAGUCCACCCUCACAUCUCUACACCAGAGGAUCACCGACCUGGAGAAAGGUCAAAGAGAAAACAGGCCUCUGGAUAAAUUCCAGCUCACCUUCCCACUGAGAACCAACUACAUGUACGCAAAAGUGAAGAAGAGUUUGCCGGAGAUGUACGCACUCACAGUGUGCAUGUGGCUCAAGUCCAACGCCUCUCCUGGAGUGGGCACACCUUUCUCCUACGCAGUUCCUGGUCAGGCUAACGAGCUGGUGCUCAUAGAGUGGGGAAACAACCCAAUGGAGAUACUAAUAAAUGACAAGGUCGCAAAGCUGCCAUUUCUCAUCAAUGACGGAAAGUGGCAUCAUAUCUGUGUGACCUGGACCACUCGUGACGGUGUUUGGGAGGCUUUCCAAGAUGGUGUGAGGAGAGGGAGUGGAGAGAAUCUGGCUCCCUACCAUCCAAUCAAACCACAGGGCCUGCUGAUCCUCGGUCAGGAGCAGGACACGCUUGGAGGAGGAUUUGAUGCCACACAAGCAUUUGUUGGAGACCUGGCAAAUUUUCACAUUUGGGAUAGGAAACUAUCCAUCGGAGAGAUUUAUAAUUUAGCAACUUGCAGCAGCAAAGCGCAAGUGGGCAAUGUUUUUGCAUGGAUGGAGACAAGCCUUGAUAUUUACGGAGGUGCCUCAAAGUGGACAUUUGAAGCUUGUCGCCAGCUCAACUGAACUGGGAGAAAAGAGGAGAUCAGCGCAUUUGUUAAAACCACUGUUGCCACAGCAUUGGUAAACUAAGCUGAAAGAUCAGGAAGCAAUUAUGUCAAUGAAUAGCAUCUGGAUUUGUUAGAAAUUGGAAAAUAUAAUUUUGAUAGAUUUCUAGCAGAUUCUCACACUGGGACAGUUCACCGGAGAUGGACGCACUGGCAUCCUGUGGUGCUUCAGCGCACAUCAGGCUUACUUUUCAUUUGAAAAAGCAGCUGAGGCCACUCCAGCAGAGGACGCCCUCUGACACCAAAAUGACAGGCUAGCAUCUAAAGGUCAUUCGGAGGUUAUGUAGUUUUCAGUGAACAGAUUUCACUCAAAUCAACACAACGACUUGUUCAACGUCUUUUCGGUCUCAACUGCCGGGGGUUGUCACUGUGAAAAAGGACAAGGUGGACUUCUAUGAAAGGAAUGUGUUCUGAAAUAGAAAACAAUGUUUCUCUCUCCCUCUUUUUUCUCUACCACCGCCUUCCCUGCCGUGAUGUUGUGUAAGGAAUGACGUAUUUAUUGCCAACAUUGGAGCCUGAGUGCCUUGGGCUGUUGAAGAAAAAAAAAAAAAGAUCUCAGCACAUUUCAUUAUGAUUUGUAGAGUGUUAUCGUUUAGCUAUUUUAUGUAACUGAAUUUCAGUGGAGGUGUUUCUUGUAACACUGAAAAAGUUUGGAUCACAUUGUUUAUUGCAAAAACGCAAUUCACUGAUGACAAUGGCGCAUUUGCAGAUGUUUGUAUUUCAGUGGGAAUGUUCUGUACAGUAACAGCAUGUCUUAACGUCUGUAAAUGCUGCGUCAGCAUCUAUGGUCUUUGCUUUUACCUUCCUACCUUUAAGUUGAGAUUUUAUACUGUAUUGUUAUAUGCUUCAAGCAUGGCAACACUGGCAGAUGAAAAAGGUUCUAGUUUUUGUAAUAAAUUGUAAUACUUGAAGAAUCGUA